GCGGUUUCAGUAAUGGCGUCUGUGGCGGAGAUGCGCUUGGCUUUGGGAAAAUGAAGCGUAGAAGAACUUACUUCUUAUACUGAAAACGCGGGGUUUCCAUUCGUGAACUUUGCGUGUGAAGUCGCGGCAUCUCGUGGAGGUUUGCGCUCUGAUAUUAGCCAGUUGUCGACGUGCCGAGAUGAUGAAACUGAAGUCAAACCAAACUCGGACAUAUGAUGGAGACGGCUAUAAGAAACGGGCCGCCUGCUUGUGCUUCAGGACGGAGACUGAGGAGGAGGUGCUGUUGGUGAGUAGCAGCCGACAUCCUGAUAAGUGGAUUGUGCCCGGCGGAGGAAUGGAACCGGAGGAAGAGCCCAACGUUGCUGCUGUUCGAGAAGUGUGUGAAGAGGCUGGUGUUAAGGGCACUUUAGGAAGACUAGUAGGAAUAUUUGAGAAUCAGGAUAGGAAACACAGGACGUAUGUGUACGUUCUCAUUGUAAAGGAAGUACUGGAAGACUGGGAAGACUCUGUAAACAUUGGGAGAAAAAGGGAAUGGUUUAAAAUAGACGAUGCCAUACAAGUGUUGCAGUGUCACAAGCCAGUGCAGGCCACCUACUUUGAAGCUCUACAAGAGAGCUGCCUGACGAGCAACGGCACUCCUCUAGUGGCCACGAUAGCUGAAGACCUCUCACCCAGCUACAACAUCAAUCAGAGCUCUGUCUCUGACAUCAGAUAACUAACACACAACACUGACACUCCGGAUGCUUCCGCCACCACUCUCGCUCUUAUUCUUUCAGUGUUCUUUUUUUUUUCCUCCCUUUUCUCUUAAAAUACAGUUUGCCUUGCCAACCCUUUUUUUGAGUGCCAGAGAGGUGGCACAAACUUGACAAAGUGUUGGGUAAAUAUUCAAAAACAUGUUUUGUAAAUUUAAUGUUUGUUGUUCUGAUUCCCCCCCCACACCUCUCCUAAUGAAUGGACAGUUGCAUGAACCCUUCACCCCUCUUCCUUUUCCCUUUUAGUGCCCUCUGUGAUCCAAGUGUGAGGUUAAAUGAAUGCAAGAACUACUUUUUACUGAUGUGAUGUAAAUACACUUAGCCUAGUGCUUAUGCUUGAGGCUUUCAAUAUUUUUUACGCAUCCAUUUUUCUUGUAUGAGAGAGUGAGCGAGCAUGUAUUUGUGAGUAUGUGUUUGUUCUCGGAAACCACCCCCAACAAUGAGAAGGAAAUGCUUAGUUGCCUGAGCAGAUGGAAUUGGUGAGCAGUCAGUUGGUUUGCAUGAGCACUGAUAUUUAUUUGUCUUACGAGUUUGGGAUCUGAUGAAUGUUCAACCUGUAUUCGGUGUCAGUAGCUCUUUUGAGUGAGCGUUUCCUUGCCUUUUUGCCCCUCUUGCUAUUUUGUAAAUAUCUUAUGGGUUGACAAAAUACACACUUGGGUUUCAAUAUUCUUGUUUCCUUACUAGAGUGGUGCCUAAAUGUGUAGGAACACCGAUUUUUAAAGUGAAAGUAAAAUGCUUACAAGGCCAGCAAUUAUUGGAAAUGAUCAGGGUAGGUUAGCAGCACAUGAUAACAUGAGUUUUGUGCAGUGCUUGCAUCCGCUCAUACUGUAACAUGUAUGGCUGACGGCGAGUCCUGCAGGUACAGUAAUUUCAGUGUUGGUGAUAAAACCAUUUCUCUACCCCACCCCCCAAUCAUUAUUUUCUACAUUUAAUCAAACAAAUCACCACUUGGAACUACUUAAAUCAGAAUGUGCGACAAGGUUAGAGUUUGAGGUGAUAUUCAUGCACAUUGGAGGAUGUAACAGGACCGCUUCUUGGAAAAGAACCUAAGAAGCACAUAUCAAGUUUUUCCACUUUUGAAUAUAUUAGUGUCUCCUGUUGCGGAGCUGUUUAUUGGACCUGGUAGGUCAGGCCUUAGUGACAGUGAAAACUAAAUAUGGGACCAUGACAGGGAUUCCCCCCUGGUCCCAAGUUAAUUUGCACAUACUAGUGCAUCUCAAAAAAAAUUUUUGUUUUUUUUUUUUGGUAAUUUAAUUCAAAAAGGUAUACUUUUCAUAUAUUCUAUAUUCAUUACACGUAAAGUGAAAUAUUUCAAGCCUUUUUUUUUUUUUAUUAUGACUUGUAGCUCAUGAAAAUCAGAAAUCCAGUAUCUCAAAUUACAGGUAGUCAUCGACUUACGACCGAUUGACUUUACGACCGUCUGGUUAUGACUGGCAAGUGUUUCCCAGCUGAGCGUACGACAGUUUCCGCCCCAGCUCCCGGCAGCACCCAGCAUCCAGCCAGUGUUGCCAGAUACUGCUGACGGUUUCUAGCCCAAAAUAUGUUCAAAACCCACCAAAAUGCACUUAAAACCGCCCAAUCUGGCAACACUGCAUCCAGCCUCUUCUGUUGUGUGCAGUGUUUCGCUGGACAAACAAUGAGCGAGCUACAGCGUGCGUACGGCUUAACCAGAUCUUGUGCUAUAACGUGUGCAGCUGGUAAUCAAAGUAACUUUCACUUUUCUGUUCUGUUGCACUGUUCUGUGUCCAAUGUCCAAAAUGAUAAGUUAGUUUUCAACUGUUCAGGUAAAAAAAAAAAAAAGUUAUUAAAACGAUUGUGUUGUUGAAAUGAUGUUUGCAAUUUAUUUAUAAUCAAAAACUGAUACAGGUGGAUGAAAGAGUGAUAGUGUGAUAAAGUACUAUACUAGUACUACUGAGUGAUAAGAAGUCCUAGUGAAUGCUUGAUAAGUAGACAAUAAUAAAUAAUUGGGUGUAUUUUUCGGCGUUCGCUGCGUGCGUGCACUAUGACUCAAAAUAAUAGUGCCGGCAAGAAAUAAAAGUUACUUUCACCCCUGAGUAUGCAGUGUUUGACUUAAACCAAAUAAUGAGCCAAGGUCAUGAAAUAAGAAAAUGUUGAUAAAAUAAGACUUUAAGAUGAUUACAAUAUCAUUACACAUCACAAUAUACUUACAUUCAUUUAACAUAGGCCGGCUUACAACCAGAUCGGUUUACGACUGGUCAGUCGUAACCAAACGCAGUCAUAAGUCGACGACUACCUGUAUUAGAAUAUUCUCUAAGAUCAAUUAAAGGAUUUACAAAACAGAAAUGUCCAACUUCUGAAAAGUAUGCUCAUUUAUACACUUAAUGUUUGGUUGGGGCUCCUUUACCAUGAAUUACUGCAUCAGUGCAGCGUAGCAUGGAGAUGAUCAGCCUGUGGCACUGCUGAGGCGUUACUGAAGCCCAGGUUGCUUUGAUAGCAGCCUUCAGCUUGUCUGUAUUUUUGGGUCGCGUGUUUCUCAUCUUCCUCUUGACAAUACCCUACAGAUUCUCUGUGAGCUUCAGGUCAGGCGAGUUGGCUGGCCAAUCAAGAACAGGAAUAUCAUGGUCAGCAAACCAUUUGGUAGGAGUUUUGGCACUGUGGGUAGGUGCUAAGUCCUGCUGGAAAAGGAAAUCAGCAUCUCCAUAAAACUUGUCAGCAGAUGGAAGCAUGAAAUGCUCUAAAAUCUCCUGGACAACAGCUGUGUUGACUUUGGACUUUGAUAAAACACAGUGGACCAACACUAGCAGAUGACACAGCACCCCAAAUCAUCACUGAUUGCGGAAACUUCCCACUUGACUUGGAUUCUGUGCCUCUCCACUCUUCCUCCAGACUCUAGGACCUUGAUUUCCAAAUGAAAUGCAAAAUCUAUUUUCAUCUGAAAAGAGGACUUUGGACCACUGAGCAACAGUCCAGUUCUUUCUCUCUUUAGCCCAGAUUAGACACUUCUGACGUUGUCUCUGGUUCAGGAGUGGCUUGAUAUUAGGAACGCGACAGUUGUAGUCCCUUUCCUGAAGAUGUCUGUGGAUGCUGGUUCUUGAUGCACUGACCCAGCUUCAGUCCACUCCUUGUGAAGUGCUCUCAAGUUUAUGAAUCAACUUUUCUUGACGAUCCUCUCAAGGCUGCAGUCAUCCCUGUUGCUUGGGCACCUUUUCCAGCCAGCCUUUUCAGCACUGACCUUCUGUUGCUUACUAUCCUUGUGGAAGGUGUCAAUGAUCGUCUUCUGGGCAGCUGUCAAGUCAGCAGUCUCCCCACAAUUGUGGUUGCGUGUACUGAACUAGACCGAGCGAGAUAUGGUGCUUAUACUGUUUUACUCGGAUUCAAAAUGAAAUAUUCUAAUAUUUUAAGAUGUGGCAGGGUUUUUUUUUUUGUGCUGUAGGUCAUAAUUAAAAUUUAAAAUAGAAAAAUGCUUGAAACAUUUUAGUUUGUGUAAUGAAUCUUGAAUAUAUUAAAUUUUCACUUUCUUAAACUGAUGGAAAAUAUUGAACUUUUUGAUGAUAUUCUACUUGGAUGUACUAGUGUGUGUGUGUGUGUGUGUGUGUGUGUGUGUGUGUGUCAGGGGCUGGGAAAACCCUUCAUGUUUUUAGAUUUUUACAUAUAAGCUUUCCUGAACUGAAUGAUGCUUCUCUUGCCUGUAUUUGAAUCACAUGUCAAGUCUGCUCACACCCCAAAAGUGAAAAUAGAGGAAAUUGAUUUUAAAGAUUCCAUUAAAAGAUACCCCGCUUACCUCUACAUUUAUAAAGUAAUAUACAUAGUGUCCCAAAAGUCUCCAUAUAUUGGGGAAAUAAGCACUACAUAAAUUGUAAUUUUAUGUACACAACGUCCUCUACAUUUCAACAACACACAGUCGUCUCUCCCACUCAUAAUGAACUUGUGUUAACUCAUCUGGUGUUGUGCAUGUAAAUGUGUUCCUUUUUAAAUGAUCUUUGUGCUGUAGUCACGAGACUGAUUUCAAUAUGCUCUGUUAAAGGCUAUCUGAAAAAUUAUCUUUUGGAUGAAAAAUUUGGGACAGUGUGCUAAAGUGUUAAUUUGCUCUAUUUACGGAGACUUUUGGGACCCCCUGUACUUCUGGAAAAACAGCUAAAUUUUGAGGAAUUAUAAUGUGCAAUAACACUAUCAGCAUCAACCACGUCACCUGAGCUAAAAGUCCCUAGCAGCAUUAAACGCAGGUGGUCUCAUCUGUUCUGACUGUUCAUGGUAACACUGGUGGGGAAGUAAUUGCAGAUUAAUUCAGGAAGUUCUAUUGGCCAAAUUUGUCAUGUCCAUUUAAGCAUGGCAUGUGGCUAUCAAACAAAGCCUCAUCUUGUGAGGAAGCCUCACUUACAGUGAGCUUUUACACUACGUUCACACUGCAAGGCUUAAUGCUCAAUUCCGAUUUUUUUGAGGUCGUUCACAUUAACAAAUAUAUGCGACUUGUAUGUGAUCCUCAGUAUGAACGAAAAGCGACCUAAAAGUGUUCCGCAUGCGCAUUGCAGGAUACGACGAUGUCACACGCAGUGAGCAUGGCCAGUGUUUACGGAAGUAACCUAAAGUUUCCUGUGUAUGACAGUAGCCAGCAUGGAGUACCUGGCGAUGAUGCAGUUGUUGUUGCGACGGAGCCAGAACAUGCACAAUAGCCUGAUGUUAAGGAGGAGGUUGAGAAGGAAGAGGGCAAGGGUUUUGGCUCAGGCGUUCUGCAGGGUAGUGACUGCAACCUCCGUUCAAAGGAACGUGUGGGUGCGGAGUCGCAUUGAUGUCAUGCGCCAUGUUGUAACUUUUUUUGAGAGACCCGCCGCCUACUUCAGCGCAGAAUAGUGACGUUUGUGGCUUGUUGACGUGUAAGUCGGAUGAAUGCGACCUGGCGGUUCAGACUGAAGUCGCAUAUGAAAAGAGCGGAUAGGAAUUGGAAUUAGGACCACAUAUCCAAACGGCCUGGGUCGGAUUUGAAAAAAUCGGAUCUGUGUCAUUCAUAUUGUCAAUAAAAGAUCGGAUACAGGUCACAUAUGGGCGAAAAAAUCGGAUUUGAGUCACUUCAGCCUGCAGUGUGAACGUAGUGUCUGACAUCUUUAUGCAGACUGACCACAUUUCCUGCUAGGUUUGUUAAAAUGGCUCCUGAACUGAUGUGAUCAGACAAGGUAAAGUAUUCUAAAUAAAGCCAUUUGUCAUUUUUUUUAAUAGAAUGUAGUUCUUUCAAGCAGCGCUGUCAAAGUAUAUUAUUGUCAGGGGGGAACUAUUUUUGGCUUUCCAGAAUUCAGUCACAGCAAUAUGCAACAGGUUUUCCUAGACUGCCUGACACACAUUCUGGAAAUUACCAUAGGAUUAUUAUUAUUUUUUUUUUUUAAAUAAAGCUCAUUUUGUGUUUAGAACAUUUAAAGGCCCUUUUCAGUUUGGUCAGAAACGAUCCCUUUGAAUGUUCCAAGAGAAAACCCACAUGCCUUAGUCAUCCCACAAAUUAUUUUAUGCUUGUAAAAAGGCUCAUGUCAAGUGCAUGAAGGCUAAUGUGGCCUCUUAUCUUGUACCAUCUUGAUUUGGAUGAGAUGGUCUUAUUUAUGUAUGUUGAUCUUUGUAGUAAUUGUUUCUUCAUCUCUUGAAUUGUUGAAGCCUCAGUUGAGCACUCCAUACCUGCUUAACAGGAACCUUAAUGUGCUGUUUAUAAAAACAUGCAGAGCUAAGCAAGCCUUGUAUAAUUGAGACCUUGUUUCAAACCGUAAGAAAUUUGGGCUAUAACCCUCCCCCUCCUCCUUUCUUUCCUCUUUGUCUAGUAAGUCGUCUUAGCCAGGCUGCUUACUGCCCUUCUGAUGGCAUGCAGCAGUUGGCACAAUACUGUGAAUCUGGAGCCACUGUAGUUAGCCAGACUUUUUUUUUUUUUUCCCUCUUCUUGCUGUAUAGACUAAACUGAAAAAGACAAAGUACAGUAUGUGUGGUUUUUCACGUUGAGUAUGAUGGUACACAUUGUGAGUUUCUGGUGAAUGGCGAUGGAACUGUUAAAGCCCCCAAGCAGGAUGUUUGGGAGUGUGUUCUUUUUGGGCUGUUUAAGUUGCUGUAGGUGCAGGUAUAUAAUGUUUUUUUUCUUGUAGUCAACUGCAACAUUUCCCUCAGUGUCUUUGUUCAGAUCUGAUUCUAACACCAAUUAUUAAUCUGGGAGUUAACUUUGAGCUCAUGGCUGUAAGUUUAUAGAUGGGUAGGUAAGAGCUGAUGAUAAUUUUGCUGCUAUUAAGGUUUUGGGUUAAUUGUGAGCAAGCAAAAAAAAAAAACACCCACCUUGAUGUAGCCCAACUGAACAAUUCAUCAUUAAGAUUUUGAUAGAUAGGACUAGUUUUUAUCUUAUUCAUGUAACACUAAUGUUGUUUUAGAUUAUUACCUAGUAAUAUAGCUGGAUUUAGAAUUAUAACGUGGUCCUUUUAGAUGUUGCAUCUUUUUGGGGGUGGAGUUUAAGAGGCUAUAACAGACUUGAGAUAAUCUUAUGAAUGUCCCAAAGCACAAUCGCUUGCAUAAAGUAUGAUUAAAGGGUUCUUUUCCUUUUUUUAAAAAAAAAAAAUAUAAAAACACUGGAUCUCCUGAGAACCAUUUUUUAAUUACCCAGAUCUGACUUGAGUCUUGUUUCAAAGACUACAUUCAGACUGCACCCUGAAACGACCCAUAUCCAAUUUUGUUAUUGACAAUCUGAACGACACAGAUCCGAUUUUUUCACAUGCGACCCAGGCCGCUUGGAUAUGUGGUCCUAAAUCCGAUGCAUAUCCGAUAUUUUUACAUGCGACUGCAGUCUGACCGGACAGGUCGCAUUCAUGCAACCUACACGUCAUCAACAAGAGACAAACGUCACUAUUCUGCGUUGGCUAAUCCCGCCUCUUUGGUGGAAAACAACAUUUGUACAGUUUUCAGAAUUUAAAUAGACUUUUAUAGAAUUGAUCAAGCUAAUGGUGGAUUUGGUAGGGACCUGGAUGUUUAUCUGUUAGCCUGAUUAAAUAAAACAGUUUCUAUAACCAUGCUGUAUUACAAGAUUGUUCUGGAAAUUUCCAGUAAUUUGACACCUUCGGUCUCAUUAGUCUGCUGCCCACAUUAAUCGGAUUGUGUGAGUUGCGCCACAAAAACCACAUCGCCAGGUCUCGCCUCAUCUCCAUAGCAAACUGCACUGGUGUUUCUGCACCUUGAGCCAGCGCUGAGAGAAGUUGCAGAAUUCAGCUGGCUAUAAACAAUCUAAAUAUUUAUAAAAAUGUAGAAAAAGUUUAUUAAUAUGACGAAAUAAAUAUGUGCAAAUUAUUAAGCCUGAAUUAAGAGUUUGGUAAUACAGCGGCCGUAUCCCAAAUGACUGCCUACUGAAGCUCGAGUGCACUAUAUAGAGUUUAAAAUUCCAUUACUUCCUAGUAACAUGUAGUGCACUUGUAUAGAAAUUAGAGAGACAUUUAGGAGUUAACCCUCGUUACCAGGCUACACGUUUUCAUUUCAGUUCAGAAACAAAAACACACACGAGACCUCACACUUUAACAUUAACCAGAUAAUUAAACAAACAAACAAAUCAUUGAACUUGAAGAGUGCGCUUUUUUUUUUUUGUUUACGUAUUACGUAGAUGUGCUUAUUACGUGUCAAUUUGCGCAUGCGGGACACUUAGGUCGUUUUCCGUUCAUAUUGGAGAUCGCAUACAAGUCUCAUAUAAUUGGUAAUGUGAACGGCCUAACAAAAAAAUCGGAUUUCACAACAAAUCAGAUAUGGGUCGUUUCAGGUUGCAGUCUGAACGUAGUGAAAGAUUUCCAAAAUACCAAACAAAAAUUAAGGAUUAGUGACUACUGGCUUAUAUUUUUAUUUUUUUUUUAAUUCAGAUCAAAUUUGACCUGCCGACAGCCUUCACAUUAUCGCACCUUCCUAUCAUGGAGCCAGUGUACUAUAUCACAACCCUGAAUGUAAACUUGUAGGUUAUAUGGAAACACCAGCUUGAUUUAGUAAUUGUUCUCAACAAAACAUUUCACAUUUGCCACUUGCUCUUAAAAGGGCUGCUGCCUAUGAACACCUACAUCACUUAUACAGCCCAUAAAGCUGUGACCUUUUUCAGUUUAACAAACAUGCCUGGAACAUUUGCGUCGUGAUUUUGGGAUUGUGGAAUAUACCAGUAUGAGAAUGUAAUAUAAAUGUGCCAACAAAUAAACAUCAGUAUUUCA